UAGAUAAUAACUAGCAAUCCAAUAAGUUUCCCUCUUCUUUGUUUCCCCAGCAGGCCAGCACCUCUCUCUUUCUUUGUCUCACACACUACAGUCUACCUUUCCUCCGCAUGUGAGUUGUGAGCUUGUGACUGCUGCAAUGUCAAUCCCUCGCGAAUUAUACCCUUCAGAAGACGACCUUCCAUACGAAGAAGAAAUACUGAGAAACCCUUUCAGUUUGCGACUAUGGUGGCGUUAUUUGGUCGCAAGAACCGAAUCUCCCUUCAAAAAACGCUCAAUCAUCUACGAAAGAGCACUCAAAGCUUUACCUGGAAGCUACAAACUCUGGUACGCUUAUCUUCGUGAACGUCUUGAACUUGUUCGUAAUCUUCCUAUUACACAUUCUCAAUAUGAAACCCUAAAUAAUACUUUUGAACGUGCUUUAGUUACUAUGCAUAAGAUGCCCAGAAUUUGGAUUAUGUAUUUACAAACCCUAACUCAACAAAAAUUGGUUACUCGUACUCGUCGAACCUUUGAUCGAGCUUUUUGUGCUUUGCCUGUUACUCAGCAUGAUCGAAUUUGGGAACCCUAUUUGAUUUUUGUAGGCCAGAGGGGUAUUCCAAUUGAGACUUCACUUAGGGUUUAUAGGAGGUAUUUGAAGUAUGACCCAUCUCACAUUGAGGAUUUUAUUGAGUUUUUGAUUACUUCUGAGAGGUGGCAGGAGGCUGCUGAGAGAUUAGGUGGGGUUUUGAAUGAUGAUCAGUUUUUUUCGAUUAAGGGGAAGACCAAGCAUCGGCUUUGGCUUGAAUUGUGUGAUCUGUUGACGAAGCAUGCUACCGAGGUUUCUGGGUUGAAUGUGGAUGCUAUUAUUAGGGGUGGGAUUAGGAAGUUUACGGAUGAGGUGGGUAGGUUGUGGACGUCGUUGGCGGAUUAUUACAUUAGGAGGAAGUUGCCUGAGAAGGCGAGGGAUGUGUUUGAGGAGGGGAUGAUGACAGUGGUGACCGUUAGGGAUUUUAGUGUGAUUUUUGAUGCGUACUCACAGUUUGAGGAGAGUAUGUUGGCGUAUAAGAUGGAGAACUUGGAUUUAAGUGACGAGGAGGAAGAGAUUGGUGGAGAGGACGAAGAGGAAGAGGAGGAGGAUAUUAGAAGGGAUGUUGAGCUCUCUGUGGGGAAGUUUGAGAAGAAGAUUCUGAAGGGAUUUUGGCUCCAUGAUGAUAAUGAUGUAGAUAUGAGGCUUGCUAGGUUGGAGCAUUUGAUGGAUAGGCGGCCUGAGCUAGCUAACAGUGUUCUUCUUCGACAAAACCCACAUAAUGUGGAGCAAUGGCAUCGCAGGGUGAAGCUCUUUGAGGGUAAUCCAACUAGGCAGAUAUUGACCUAUACUGAGGCAGUCAGGACUGUGGAUCCCAUGAAGGCCGUAGGAAAGCCUCACACUUUGUGGGUAGCUUUUGCUAAGCUUUAUGAGAGUCAUAAAGAUCUUGCUAAUGCUAGGGUGAUUUUUGACAAAGCUGUGCAAGUGAAUUAUAAGGCACUGGACCAUCUUGCUAGCAUUUGGUGUGAAUGGGCUGAGAUGGAAUUGAGGCACAAGAACUUCAAGGGAGCAUUGGACCUGAUGCGACGCGCAACGGCGGAACCCUCUGUUGAAGUUAAACGUCGAGUUGCUGCUGAAGGUUAUGAGCCUGUGCAGAUGAAGCUGUACAAAUCAUUAAAGUUAUGGACAUUCUAUGUAGAUUUAGAGGAAAGUCUUGGUUCUUUGGAGUCCACUCGUGCUGUGUAUGAGAGGAUAUUGGAUCUAAGAAUUGCAACUCCUCAAAUUAUUAUUAACUUUGCAAUGCUUCUGGAGGAGCAUAAGUACUUUGAAGAUGCUUUCAGAGUGUAUGAAAGAGGUGUGAAGAUCUUCAAAUACCCUCAUGUGAAGGAUAUAUGGGUUACGUAUUUAUCCAAGUUUGUGAAGAGAUAUGGGAAGAAUAAGUUGGAACGAGCGAGAGAGCUCUUUGAGAAUGCUGUCGAAACGGCUCCUGGGGAAUGUGUAAAGCCUUUGUACCUGCAAUAUGCCAAGUUAGAGGAGGAUUAUGGCUUAGCAAAGCGUGCAAUGAAGGUUUAUGACCAAGCUACUAAAGCUGUUCCAGCUAGUGAGAAGUUGAGCAUGUACGAGAUCUACAUAGCUCGUGCAGCAGAAAUGUUUGGUGUGCCAAAAACUAGGGAGAUAUAUGAGCAAGCAAUUCAAUCUGGUCUUCCUGACAAAGAUGUGAAGACCAUGUGCAUGAAGUAUGCUGAGCUUGAAAAGAGCCUUGGGGAGAUUGAUCGUGCUCGUGCAGUCUACACAUAUGCCUCCCAGUUUGCGGAUCCAAGAUCUUAUCCUGAUUUUUGGAGUCAGUGGCAUGAAUUUGAGGUCCAACAUGGAAAUGAAGACACCUUCAGAGAAAUGCUCCGCAUUAAACGAACUAUUGCUGCUAGUUACAGCCAGACACAUUUCAUACUUCCUGAAAAUAUGAUGCAAAAAGAUGAGAAGGUAAGCCUUGAUAAGGCUGUGGAUGUACUAAGACAAGCUGGGGCUGGUGAAGAUGAGAUGGCCGCUCUGGAAAGGCAGUUGGCUCCUGUAGAUGAUGAUGUUCCAGUCAAGGACAAAGCCAGGACGGUCGGGUUUGUCAGUGCUGGGCAUGAAUCUCAAGCUGAUGAUGCUGGUAAAAGAAAUAAUGUAAAUCAGGAGGAAAUUGAACUGCCAGAAGAGAGUGAUGAUGAAGAUGUAGAACCGGUUGAGAUCGCACAAAAGGAUGUUCCCAGUGCUGUUUUUGGUGGCUUGGCUAAGAAGCGGGAAGACCCUGAGAAAGAUGAAGAUGGGGAGGAGGAGGCCAAAGGGGCUGCUGAUGCCCGUCUUGGUGCUCUUGAAAGAUUGAAGCGUAGAAAGAAAGAAUAAUGAAAAUCCUUAUAAGAUUUGGUAAAUCCAUUUAGUUGCCUCAAGUUACACUUCAAUACCUCAGACUUUGUAAUAUUUUUUGUAGCCUACUUUUCAGUUGUAGAUUCAUCAAAUAUGUGAUCAGAUCAUCUUCUGUUAUGUUACAAUAGUAGAUUUUUUUUUGUAACAUUUGUUUAUAAAGUUACUGAAAUGUGAAGUAAUCACCAUUAACAAGUAGAAUUCGAACAUCUGUUUUGAGUGAUC